AUGCAAGCUGUGGAUGUGAACAGGCUCAAGUCGGGAGAGAUGGAUCUUGGUGUGAGUGACGUAAGCCUAUUGCAGGCAGGCGGAUAUGAGGGCGCACAAAUCAGACCCAUAUACGCGAGCUAGAGAGUGAACGGCUCCCAGUCAUUCUUUCAGGACGAUCACGCGGUGAUGCUGACUUGGCGACCGCCACUCCUCCCUGACUCGCUCGCUAGACGUCCAUCAUGGCCGUCGUGUAUGACAAGGGCGUCAUCAUGGGUGCUGACAGCCGAACAACUAUGGGAUCGUACAUUGUGAGUCUCCUAAGCGCAGUUGAAAAUUCCACAAGAUUGCUGGCUGCUCACCACCUCCGCGCGCUCAACGUAGGCGAAUCGAGUGACGGACAAGUUGACGCACAUCACGGACCGGAUCUACUGUUGCCGUUCAGGUUCGGCGGCGGACACUCAAGCUGUAGCGGAUAUAGUGUCUUACAAUUUGGGCAUGGUGGCAGUUCAGCACGACGAGCAGCCGAAAGUGGAGACUGCAGCUCAGCUCUUUCAAGAGAUCAUCUAUCAGAACAAGGACAGGUUGAGCGCUGGAAUCAUCGUUGCCGGUUGGGACAAGAGGAAUGGCGGUGGCGUUUACAACAUUCCUCUUGGAGGCGGCAAGUUUCAACAACCUUGGGCCAUCGGAGGUGAGUUUUGCUGCAAGGUCUCGUCCUUCUCGCCCUCGCCUCUCUGAACUGCGAUGAUGCUGACCGCAUCUCGCUUCAUUUUGCAGGUUCCGGAUCAACAUACAUUUAUGGCUUUUGCGACUCGACCUGGAGACCGGGAUGGGGCAAGGAGCAGACGAUAGACUUCGUCAGGAAGGGUGAGUGGUGCACGCAGUCUGAUGCUAUCAUUAGCGUCACUCGCUCUAGGCAUCACCAGCCUGCUGACACGACGCGCACUCCGACCCGUUCUCGUCUCUUACUUCCAGCGCUAUCGCUUGCAAUGCGCAGAGACGGCUCUUCAGGCGGUACGAUUCGCAUGGUGGACAUUUCAGAAGAUGGGGUGGAAAGGCACUUUAUUCCCGGAAACGAUCUUCCAGAUGGGGAAAGCAAAGAGUUCGUCUCUGGCAAAUUUGUGUAA